UGAAGACCGAAAUUUUCUCUCCGUUGUCCCCGGUACAAGUUUACAACAUGCUCUGUUUUUUUUUUUCAACCAUAGCUUCAUGGGGACAUUCAGUACUGUACAACUCGGAAGCAGGCUGAGCGGCGCUGCGUAGUACAGUUCUCAAUACGGUACCAUGGAUGGAUCCGACAAUUGAGUUAAAUACAUCUCCCGGCGCUGACACUAGCAAUACUUCCCGUGAGCGACAUAUCUUGUAAACUUCCAUCAUGUUCAACUCUCUCUCGCCUUCGUCACGGAACGUACGGCGUCAUGUUGACCAUGAUACGACUCAAGAGCAUGAAUUUGAGCAACUGAUUCUGUCUUCUCCCGGCGACGGCAAAAACUCAGACAACCUGCCUUUCCAUCGUUUUCAAAGCCAAUCUUCCCAUUGGCAGCACACGCGCAGAAUAUGCUGGACGUUACGACGUGUGUUACCUCUCCGGCGAGUGCUCCUCCUUCUCGGGGCUUCCUUUGUUAUAUUCGUGCUCGUCGUCCUCCGAGGCGGAAUCCCACCCACCUUCACGGACGUUCGAACCUACGAAAGUCGCCUUCCGCAGCAUAACGUCACCGAAGCUUUAUUCGAUACCGAUUUGAAACCCCCAGGGAGAAGGAAGUAUUUGCGACUAGAAGGCGGUGCAUGGGGGGUGGGGUUGAAUAAUGUGUUACAGCAAGUGCUUCACAUGUCAUAUCUUGCUCACAAGUCGGGCCGUGUGUACGUGUUCGAAGACUACACUUGGUCCCAUAAACCCUUCCGCUAUACUCUCUACGACUACGCGUUAAGACCGACAACAGUUCCCUUAAAUGCCAUCAUUUCUGGAGCCUCUUCGGGAGGAGUUAUAUCCUCGGACGGCGGAACUAAUUCUUUUCGUUCUGUAUCGCUCGAGUUCUUUGAUUCUGUGUGUCCCGAAAAAGACCGUGUCGUUCUCGACUCUGCGGAAGCACCGUUGGAAGACCAGGUCUCGGACGGUGUACAGAUUGUCGAUUGGUGGUUGGAGAGGCUACGUCGCGUAGAGGAUGAGCCAUGUGUAGUCAUUCACUCGACACAAAAGAAUCAGGUUUUCGAUUGGAUAUACUUUGGAACUAAACUCCCACUAUCGGUAUUACCUGCCCUAACAUCCUCACCCAUGCUAACUCAAUUCGCGUGGUCACCCAUCGUGUUGUCGGCGGUGGCGAGAAACUUCGCUGUCCUCCAGCCUUCGGACCCGCGAACGUUGUUAGAUACAGGGUCAUCAGCAAUUCUCGAAGGCCUUGUUGCUGUCCAUCUGAGGCGAGGGGAUUUCCAGGGACACUGCCGGUUCCUACAUAAACACCGUGCGCAGUUCAUCGGUAUAAACCGAUACCACGUCCUACCCGAUAGAUUCCACCCCUCCCCUCGACCGGACUCCGACGCGUCUCGCGAGAACUAUGUGCGGCAUUGUAUACCCGAGGUGGAACAUAUCGUGGAGAGGCUUCGGAAGGUUAGAGAGGAGAAUCCGUCGUUGAGAUUGCGACGCGUGUAUUUGCUUUCGAACGGCUCUAGGUGGUGGUUGACCAAGUUGGCGAAGAAGCUUGUGGAGGAUGGGUGGGGCGAUGUGAGUAGUACGAAUGAUAUUCGGCUGGACGAUGAGCAGGUUCAGGUUUCAGGGGCUGUGGAUAUGGCGAUUGCGGGAAAGGCGGAGGUGUUUGUUGGGAAUGGAUUCUCGACGUUGUCUGCUAAUAUUAUUAUGCUGCGCCUUGCGAAGGAACUCAAGCCGGAAAGCAAUCGGUUUUUGUAA